AUACUGUUUGGGUUCACGUAGUCGGUGCAGAGACUUGUCCGUCAGCCGCAAAAUGUGAUCGCGAUCGUUGUUAAUCGCCACCCGUCUUACACUUCGUCCGAUUAAUUAAUACAUUUUUUUGUGUCUCUGCGUUGGCUUCGCGAUUCGUCGUAAAUAUUUUCAUCUGUUUCACCUGGACACCAGGUAACCUCUAUACCUAUAACGUCCGUUGGCGUGCAGCAGGUGCAGGAUGUCGUUGAUGACGAUGACCCGCGUAUUAUUUUCGAACACCCCAUUUACCUGUUCCGUCUGAGUCAGUCCGGUUGUUAUGUCUGUCCAUUUCAGCGGUGUUUAUGUCGUGCCCGGCGAUAAAGCCGAAAAAUGUGGGAACAAUUCCGUGGUGGUGCAGCAAAAAACGAAAACGGUAGCGAUAGUGGCGCCCACGCGCAGUAACAGUUUGGAUUAUUUGAAUUUUGAAGAAAAACGGCAGCUGAUCGCGAGUUCUCUCAGUUUGUCGGACUUUUUGAGCGCCGCCAAGGAUGGCAGGGACGUUAAAGAGAUCAAGGACGGGGUCGCUACUGUUAUUGUUGACCAAAAUGUAAGAAACAUCACGGGACGGAAACUGAAACGAAAAGCCAAAAAACAGAAUGGAUCGGCGUUUCGAACGAACAGUUUAGGCAGCGGGACCAGAACGCCACCUGGCGAACGCAAGAGCAAAUUCUCGAUAGGAAAAUUAUUUCGGCCUUGGAAGUGGAAACGAAAACGAAAAUCGGAUAAAUUAGAAGCCGUAUCUAGAACAUUAGAAAGAAAAAUAUCAGUCCGAGCCAAUAGAGACGAACUCGUUUUAAAAGGAAUACUUUUGCCCGAAAGCCCUUUGUCACCACCGAAAUCCGAGCCAGCUGAACCCGUCCCGUCCGUGUAUUACCCUCCGACAAGCGGCACCGGCGAUGUUCAUUCGCCGCCCCCGAAUCCAUCACCGCUGCCCAAUAACAACAACCUCCAUUUGCAACAGAAUGCUCCUCCGAACCAUGGGACCACGUACCAUCAACAAUCGUUACCUCCAGCGCCUCCUUAUCCGUCGAUGACGCCGACGUCUCACCUGCCGCCCAUGAACCACGCCCUGCUGCAGCAGCAACUCCUGCAAAACCCCCAUUUCGCCGCACAGGCCAACCAGGUCAAUAGCCCUUCCGAUCCUAAAAAAGAAAAGACUGAUGGAAACUUGGCACAGAAUGGUGCUAUGUCCCCGAACGGGGAUGGUCCCUUGCACGUCACGCAGCCAUCCGGUUGUCAGCAACUCGAAAGCAGCGGUGGCAACGGGAACAUGUCCCAACAUCCGGCCGGAUCGAAACCAGAAAGGCCGAGCACUCUGGGACACGGAAAACUCACCAGGAGACUGUUGUGUUACCACAGCGAGCACUUUAAUGAAGGGCAGCAGGGACCACCUGGCAGCACGCCACCUCCCCAAGAGAAACAGCCACACGGCAUGCCGCCCCCACCCAUGGCAGGCCCCGGGAUGUUCAUUCUUUCGGAACUGCCCGAACCUCCCAUACCAGUGUCUGAGAUAGGACCGAUACCACCACCGCCGAUGUUCAGUUCGCCAAGUCCAAUGCCUCACAGACAAUCUUCCCCGUUACCGAAUCCCGGAGACUACGAUUACGAAGAAAACGAUGAAGAUGAGGAUUACGACCCAGAGUAUGAUGACGAAAAUUCGUACAUGUACAGAAUGCCUCAACCAGAUCCUGCCAUAGACACAAGUCGAAUAGACGAAAUACCUGCCAAAGAGCCAAAGUUCAACGCUAUGCCUUUAAAGUCUGCGCUGAAGAAGAAGAACAGUUCGGGUACCCCCCAGGGUACCCCUACCCAAGAGAACAGACCGCUCACCAUCAGGCAGCAAGAGCACAAUUCUAGUUUUAGAAGGCCGUCUUUAAGGCCUAGGAUAAAGUUAUGUUCGAAGCCAAAGUUCGGGAUAGCCAUAGAAAACAAGGAAAACACUCGACCUUAUGUGAUUCGGGAAGAUGACAAUGAUAGUGAUUCCAACGAUGGACCGAUACACUAUCGGGACGAUGACGGCAACGUGUCCGAAGAUAGUCAGUUGGCGUUAAAAGUGGCGAGGAAAGAAAGCUUGUCGCUAAAAUUGUCAUUGAGACCGGAUAGGCAGGAUCUGAUCAACAGGAACAUACUGCAACUUCAGAGCGAAAACGAGCGGCAGGAAUCGAAAGAAGCAAUUGGCGCUCGAUUGAUAAGGAGGCUAAGCAUGAGACCUACUCAAGAGGAACUGGAAGAAAGGAAUAUCUUAAAAAAACAAAGUCCCGCGGAGGAGAAGAAGCAAAAAGAAGAAAAAAAGCGAUUUCUGCUUCGUAAACUUAGCUUUAGGCCGACGGUCGAGGAGCUCAAGGAAAAGAAAAUCAUCAGGUUUAAUGAUUACAUUGAGGUGACGCAGGCGCACGAUUAUGACCGGCGGGCGGACAAACCCUGGACGCGGUUAACAACAAAGGACAAGGCGGCUAUUAGAAAAGAACUGAACGAAUUCAAGAGCUCGGAAAUGGACGUGCAUGAAGACAGUCGCCAUUUAACAAGAUUCCACAGGCCUUGACAAUUGCAAGGUUCAUUAGAAAAAAAACAAAUUUCUGUGAUGGGCGUAGCCGUAGACUUUAUUAAUUUUCCCCUAGCUGCUUAGCAUGAUUUUUGGACAUGCUGUAUAUACGACAAUUUUACGGAUAAAUUAAUUACACAGAGGUGUGUAAAUAUAUGUAAUAAUUGUUUUUGUACAUAAGUAAUUUUAUAUUACACAAAAUGUUUUUAUCAAUAGAGUUUAAUAGUAGAUAAUGGAAAUCUUUUUGUGUUAAUUUUUUUUGUUGGAAGGAACAAAACUAGCAGUUUGUAAAUAAAGCUUACGUUACUAUAAAUACAUCACUGGCGUGCAAUAAGUGAGCACCACUGUGAAUGAUUUUAUCCUUAGGUAAUAUCUGUAUCUACCAUAUUGCAAGAAAACUGGCAUUGCGCCUUUAGAUCUCUGUUUCGUGCGUCAUUUUCUCCUUUUAACUUGUUUUAUAAAUGUAUUGUAUUUCAAAUCUAUUAAGGUUCACAAUUUUAAUUUCAUUACUACAGAAAUUCGAUUUUCGUAAAUUUGAAGUUUUAAAUAUUUUUGUACAUGUCUUUAAGAUUAAGACAUCACAAAUACUAGCAUUGCAAUGUCUAUGUAACAUAUCCAACAUUUUUACUGCAAUUUAUAUUUUGUGAAGUGAUCAAAUAACUUUUAUCUAUUUAAGCUCAAAAGUUAUGAAGUUUUUUCUUUUUAAUGUAUAAAUUCGUCCUGUCAAUUUUUAUUGCGGAUUUAUUUUAUCUUUUUUAUUUCGUUUAAUGUAUAGAAUGUUAAUAAACCAAAUUUCGAAGAUAUUUCUAGACACACACUGUUGUAUAUUUGGAACUAGAGACAACUCUUGCUGUUGGCGAUUAAAAACAAAAAUGGUUUUUCCUAAAACCGUCAAUAAACGCUUGCAAAAUAGUUUUUGAAAAUUGUGCUUGUUAAAAUGUGGCGUUUUAUGCGACAAGUAAAAAUAUACCUAAUUGUAUUCAUACUCGAUCGAUUUAUACCAACUUUAAUAACAAGAAAUGUCUUCCAAAUAAAUAAGACAUUAAAAUUG